UAUGCGCUGAUGCUCUGUCACACGUUCGCAUCACUGUUGGCAAAACAAGUCACGCAUCAGCACAGCAAACUCCAGCACCAGACCGGCACGAUGGAUGGACCACAUAAAGACCGCAGAAUGACUCACUUGUGGAUAUUGACGUUACUGAUAUUUGCCUAACCUUUUGCACUGGAUAACUCGGUCUUUUUCAACUUCUGGAUACGGAUUGUAGAGCUGGAUCUUGUCCUACAGGAUUUGGAAGAAGGAUUAUAUUUAUUUACACUUUUUUUCUUCACUCCGUGUUGGCAAUCUCUACUUGGAAUAGGAGCGUUUUUUGGGAGGACAAAUAGAUUUUCUAAGGAUACGCACAUUAAACUCUAAAGGAUGGCCGUUUGGUUCACCUCUUUCCUCGCAAUAGUUAUAACAUUAUUUACUCAGGUUCUGGGAACAGGUGUGUUCGAGAUAGAUCUCCAUCACUUUCAGAAUUCUAAAGGUUUGCUGGCAAAUGGACUUAGUUGCAGCAGGACAGGCUGCAGGACUUUUUUCAUGGUUUGUUUGAAGAACUUCCAGACGGUGGUGUCUCCUGGAGCCUGCAGAUAUGGCAGGGCCACCACACCUGUUCUGGGUACCGACUCCUUCAGCAUCCCGCAGGACGCCAGGUUGCGUCUGCCACUCAACUUUACGUGGCCGGGUGCUUUCUCUUUGGUUAUUGAAGCCUGGUAUUCUCCUGCAGCGGAUCCGCCUGGAGAUACCACCAACCCUGAAUUCUUGAUAAGUUCUUUUACCAUCCAAAGACAGUUGGGAAUAGGGCCUGAGUGGUCCCAGGAGGUGCAGAACGGAACGCAGACGGAGCUAAGGUACUCAUACCGGUUCAUCUGCAAUGAAAAUUACUACGGGGACACUUGUUCCAAAAAAUGCUCUCCGAGAGACGACCAUUUUGGCCACUACACCUGCAAGCCUGACGGGCAAAUAGCCUGUCUACCAGGAUGGAAGGGAGAAUACUGCCAAGAACCAAUCUGUCUGGAAGGAUGUAAUGAAAGAAAUGGAAACUGUACAGCUCCUGGAGAGUGCAAAUGCAGAGAGGGCUGGCAGGGCCUUUUUUGUGAUGUGUGUAAACUCCAUCCGUCCUGUAAACAUGGUACAUGUAAAGAGCCGUGGCAGUGCACCUGCAAAGAAGGCUGGGGAGGCAUCUUUUGUGACCAAGAUCUGAAUUAUUGCACCCAUCACAAACCCUGCGCCAAUGGGGCCACAUGUAUGAACACAGGCCAGGGCAGUUACACCUGCACCUGUCUGCCAGGUUUCACUGGAGUUAACUGUGACUCCGAGGUCAGGGAGUGUGACAGCCAACCCUGUCGCAACGGAGGCCACUGCCUGGAUUUUGAGAACAGCUAUAGGUGUGUUUGCCCACAAGGGUUUGAAGGGACACACUGCGAACACAGGAUGCUUACCUGUGCAGAUACACCCUGCUUCCAUGGUGGCAAGUGCAAAGAGACAAAUAAUGGGCAGAGUUACAUCUGUGAGUGUCCACCGGGUUACACUGGACUCAACUGUGAGAGGAAAGUGGACAAAUGCACCUCACUACAAUGCUCCAAUGGCGGUCAUUGUGUGAUCCGCAAUAACCUCCAUCUAUGCAGCUGUCGGUCGGGCUUCACAGGACUUCGCUGUGAGAUCAACAUCAACGAGUGCGCCAGCAAUCCCUGUGCAAAUGGCUCUACCUGCAUAGACCGCAUCAAUGACUACACAUGCACCUGCCCUCCAGGAUACACAGGCCACCACUGUGAUAAGCUUAUAGACAGCUGUGCCUCUCAGCCCUGCCUGAAUGGAGGGACCUGCACCACAGGAGCCAAAGGCCAGCUUACCUGCAUCUGUCCAACCCCUUACAGUGGCCCUCAGUGCCAGACUAUGGAGCCAACAGCCAGGACACCCAGCCCCGACAAACACUGGGAGUCCAGUGACAAGCUAAGCUUGGCAGCCAUCAGCAUGGGAAUAGGCCUGGUGGCUGUUUUUGUGAUUUUCUGCAUGCUAAUAGUCAUAAUAUGUCACGUUAAGAAGCACAGAAAUAAGGAGCGGGACUCAGAGACAAUGAACAACCUUUCUAAGGUUGAUCUUCAGAAAGAGAACCUUAUCUCGACCCUAGAGCUUAAGAACACCAAUAAAAAGAUAGAUUUGGAGGUGGACUGUCCCAGGGAAAAGUCUAAUCACAAACAAAUCAACCACUACCACCUGGACUUCAAAACCUCCAUGGGGUACAAGGAUGAACUGUCCAUUCUGGACAAAGAUGAAAACUGUGAAAAGACAAUAGAAGACAAACGUCAUUUCAGGAGAAUGUACAGUGAAAGACCCGAGUGUCGAAUAUCAACAAUAUGCUCUUCCAGAGAUUCAAUGUACCAGUCUGUCUUCGUUAUAGCAGAGGAGAAAAAUGAAUGCAUCAUUGCAACAGAGGUAUAAUAAAUGGAAGACAUUGUUCAUUGUCAGCAUUGGAUUUCUUGUGGACUGUUUACAAAUGUAGAGAGACUUGGAUUUAUUUAAAUGUGAGUUGCUGCUCUUGAAAACUUGAUAACUGGAUGGAGCCAUGUGCUCUUUGAAUGCAAUAGAACUCAAGCUACUAAUCUUUGUGAGAAUGUAAGGACUAAAGAGACUUUGGGAAAUAAUGAGCAAAUCUGACAUCUGGAUGCGCCUUGGAUGUUUUUCCUUUCAAACCUUUUUCGGCUCCGUCCAAGUUCAUCCAAGGGCGACGGGCCAAGAUGUUUAUGCCUGCAUGUUGACUGGAAGAUUAUUAUUUCUCUGGACCCCCCUCUCCACUUAACUGCAGUAAUCAGCAAUCAACAAAUCAACUUACUGCCAACAAGCCUGUGGAAGGAGCCAGCCUUUUCAGUUUUUUGUAGCCUGCAAUGCUCUAUGCAAGCAAAAAUCAGCAUUGUGCUAAAUCACACAAGAGACAGAAACUACUGUAAACGGUUCAUUUUGAAGGCUACUUAAGGUUAUCAUUUUUGUAAAUUUAAUCCCUUUUUAUAAAGAAUGUAUGCAGCGUAGAUCACAAAGCCUUAUGUAUGUAUAAAGAAAAACAUUGUGCCCAGCCUUAUCCUGGUUCCUUUGCACAUCGAAAUGGAGGUAAUUUAAAAGAUCAGUACAUGCAAUAUGCUAUUGCACCAUGCAGGGAAACUCAUAAUAAGGCCUUGUUUUACCUUAUGCAAGAUCACCCUUAAAUAAAGAUACACAUGAAGUGACUAUCGUACCAAGGACGCCUUCAAUGGAAAUUUCUGAACCAAUAAUGUUUUGUUUUGUAAGAUUAGUAAUUCAUUUGUAAUUUAAGAAUAUGAAGCACUGAUCUUUCUCUAUGUUUUAUAAGAUUAUUUUGUAUAUACUGUAUAUUUAUAUGAUGAGAUUAGAAGUAUGACUUGUACAUCUGUUUUUAAGUUGAUGCCCCAAAAAGGUGAAUUUAUUUUUAAAGUGUUGGUGUUUUAUUUUAUUAUUAUUUUUUUGUGAUAAAAAAAAAACAAUGAAUACAUAUCUGGUACACUGUUUGUUUGUUGGUCUUCGUAUGUUGUCAAAUAGAGCUCCUAAUUUGUCUAAAUGUUGGAAUCAUCUAGAAUCUUUAAGUGUGUCAGCUGGUGUGGAUGUGGCUUCAUUGUCUAUAAUUGCAGGAAUAUCCAGAUUGGUAGCCUUUCUAAUGCCUCCAUGUCUAUAUCUUUGACAUCUGCAUCAGUGUGAUGUGAAAUCAAUGUGCUAGCAAUCAUUCAGUGGACAGUAAUGUAAUUGGCAGUAAUGUGAGGGAUUACGUAAGCAAAAAGAAAUAUAUUUUAAAAAUCUGUAUGUGAAAAUAAAGAAUCCUUGUGGUCUUUCUA